AUGGGUCGUGUCAGAACAAAAAACAUCAAGGCCGCUAAGGUCAUGAUUUAGAAAUACUACACCCCCCUUACUGUGGAUUUCCAUACCAACAAAAGGAUAUGCGAGGAAGUAGCCAUCAUUCCCACUAAACCCUUGAGGAACAAGAUUGCUGGUUAUGUUACACAUUUGAUGGGACGUCUCCGUCACUCACAGGUCCGUGGUAUUUCCAUCAAGUUGCAAGACAUUCCCGCCGUAUCUGCUUUGGAACAGGAUAUCAUUGAAGUGGAUCCUGACACCAAGGAGAUGUUGAAGUUGUUGGACUUCCACAACAUUCGUGGAUUGCAACUAACCCAGCCCGCUACAAACAACUUUAACCGAAGAAACUAAGAAAUUCCUUUGAUUUUUGUGUAUUGAAAAAAUAUGGACUAAAUACAAGUUUUUUUAAAAAAU